AGUAUUCUUAGGAAGGUCUGCAUUCUUAGAAUAAAGUUGUAAAGGAAUGGAAGAAUUUCUGAAUUGGAAUGAUUCCAAAAGUGUGGACCUUCCCAUUUUCCUAAUAGGCUAAUAUACAGUAAUAAAACGUGUUUUCUCUAUGAUAUUUAUUACCCAUACACAUGUAAUUGUUUUAAGAUAACAAUAACCAUCAAGCUAUUAAGUAAUAAAAGUGUGUCUGUCAUCAUACAGAUUGGGGUGGAUAAAGGGGUGAUCAAGCAGCGCUCCACCUCCUCCAUUAUUUGUCCCGUCUCCCCGACACUGCCAGCUUUCCCCUGGUACAACCACCACAGGUACCUCGCCAACAGCCAAUCGGAGCCUGACCAGCAUGCUGCCGGCACCCAGAAGGACCCACCUAAGAAACACUCAAUCUUUCCCCCUCUGGACACACAGAACUGCAACUCCCCUGAUAAAUGGCCUCAUUCUCCGUCCAAGACGUCACACCCACACGCUUCACACCGAUUUGCUGUCCCAUCCCACCUCCUGGCUUCCGGCCCUCCUGCCCGGAUGAGACAGACCCAUCCGCAGGUCCACCCCAGGUCCCCAUUGACUGGCCAGGCAAAGGUCAAGGAUGAGGUUAAGAGGCCAGAGACUGCAUCGUCUGAGGAAUUGUCUGAGGAAGUUCAACGGAGAGGAGCAGAAAUUGCAAGCAUGUAUAAAGCACAGCUGAAAGAGAGGAUGGCCCAAAAGAGAAAGGAAGAGAUUCUGAAGAAAAUGGCAAACGGCGAUGACAAGAACGAUGACACUGAGGCCUCCUGCUCCUCUGCAGUAAAACAAUCUAAUACCCCUGCCACAGCCCCCGAGCGCCCGGCCAGCCCAGAGGCCACACCAGUGGCCGCCCGAGAGGACACUCAGGGGGACACCCAGCAGGACCUGGCAGAGGUUGUGAAUGUUCUCAAGAGGCAAUCAUCUGAUCUAUACCUGCCUGACGACGUUUGUGAGGAGUCACUCACAUGGAAAUCCAUUUACGAAGAGCUGUGCCCGCUCACUCACAGAGUGAACACAGAAGCUGACUACAUCAAGGCGCUCCGCGUCAUCACUGAGAAUGCUGUGACUCCCUCGUGCUCGUCUGAGGAUGAUGUGUCUCAGAGUGUGAGUGAGGACACAAGUCAGGAGGGGAGUAGUGAAAGUGAGGAGAGCAUGAGUGGACAACAGCAGAGAUGUCUACACAGGGAUCCUUAUGGUAAGAGGGACAGGAAGGAGAUUGAUAGUGGUAAAAUGGAAGGGAGAUUUGCAACCGCCAAUGCAAUGUCUAUGAUGGCGAGCCGAGGGAUAGAAGAACUUAAUGCCAUGAGCUACGCAGACAGGAUCAAAUAUUUCAAGUAUGAGGCUAAGAGAAAUGAAGAGAUGAUGAAGAUUGAAAGGAGGAAGGAAAAAGCCAGGGACGAAGAGCUCAAAAAGUGGGAAAAGAGGCAGAAGAAAUUGAAUGAGGAGGAAAGGAAAAGGACAGAAAAUAUGGAAAAAAACAAGUUAGAGGAGCAGAGGAAAAGGGAGAAGGCAGAGAUUAAACUAAAGAUCGAACAUGAGAAAAAGAGACAAGAGCAAGAGAAAAAGCGAGAGAAAAAAGAAAGAAAGCAGCAGGAGAUGCAACAGAAGGCCCGUGCAAAAGAAGAGAACAGGAGGGCAGAGGAAGAGAAAAAGAUGGAGAAACAGAGGAUGGAGGAGGAGAGGAACAGGGAAAAGGAGAGAAUGAAGGUGUUGGAGAUGCAGCAAAAGGCACGAGAGAAAGAAGAGAAGAGGAGGAAAGAGGAACAGAAAAGGAGAUUGAAGAUACAGCAGGAACAAGAGAAGGAGGAACAGAAAAGGCAGACAAGGAUACGGGACGAGGAUAAGAAGAGAGCAGAGCUUCAAAGAAUAAAAGAUCACGAGGCCAGGUUCAAGAUGGAGAUGGAGAAACUGUAUGAGAGAGAAGAGAGGAAUGCACAGAUUGAAAGAGAAAAGAGGCGUGCGCUGUGUCAGAAAAAAGGACAGACACAGAGAGCAAAACAGGUGGUGGCAUACGAGGUCACAACGUCUACAUCUGACGCCUCUGUGCGGAGGGAAGAGAGGGAGCAGCGUCCAGAGACCGCUCACGCACAGUCUGCAAAGAGGAGAACAAGGAAGAAGCAGAAGAAAGCGGCGGACGAGGCAUCGACAACUUUUCAGUAGAUGACAAAAGAAAGGGAGCAGACAAAAGAAAU